AUGAUAGUUGUUGCAGCAACUGCUGAAGUUGUUGUAGCAACUACAAUAGUUGCUGCGAUAAUUAUUGCAACAACUAUCGUAGUUGCUACAGCAGGUAUCGUAGAUGCUGUAGCAACUUCAACAAGCGGUGAUUGUGGCGGCAAAAGAGGUGUUGCUAACAACGAAGGUAAAGGUGAUGGUUGUUGUAGUGGCGAUGGUGGAGGAGAAGGAGGAGGCAACAGUGGAGGUAGAGGAGGAGGAAGAGAAGGAAGUUAUAGAGGUGGCGGAGGAGGAAGAACUGGUGGUUAUGGUAAAAGAGAAAAUAGUGAUGGUGGUGGAGUAGGAAAAAGAGGAGAAAGUGGUAUUGAUAGAGGAAGAAGAGGAAAAAUUGAUGGUGGUGGAGGUGGUGACGACGACGGUGACGGCAACUGA